AUGCUGCAACAAAUUUUACGUGAUAUGUACAUUGACCCUGAACUCCUGGCAGAACUGAAUGAAGAGCAGAAGCAGAUCCUGUUCUACAAAAUGAGGGAAGAGCAGCUGAGACGCUGGAGGGAGAGGGAGGAAAAAGCACAAAUGGAGGAUGCGCUGUUGAAAAAGACGGCAAGACUCAAGCGAAGUAAUGGCAAACGUGUGCAGUGGCUGCAUGGAAGUGAUGAUGAGGUCUGGGUCUGGGUCAUGGGAGAAGCCACAGGUGACAAGCCAUAUGAACAGAUUUCUGAAGAACUAAUUGCAGAACGAGCCAGGCAGCAAGCCCAGAAGGAGGCAGAAGAAUUAUGGAGGCAAAAAGAGGCUGAAAUUACAAAGAAAUUCCGGGAUGCUAUGGCUAAGGAAAAAGCCAGAAUAGUGGCUGAAAAAUGGAAAAUAGAAAUAGAAGACCGAAAAGCAGCCAAACUGAUAGAGGAAAAAAUUCAAGAAGAAUUAAAGAAAAGAGAAGAAGAAGAGAGGCAAAAAGGUGAAGAACUGAUACGGCAACAGGAAGAACUUAGAGCAAAAGAGUUGUACUUGAGUCUUAAGCAAGCUCAACAACAUAGCCAACAUAAUGAGCAUGAGGACCAGGAAUGGGCAGAACAGUUGCGCCGCUCAAAAGCUGCAGAUGAAGAAAGGAGUCAUAAAGCACGCAGAGCUCGGGAUGAAUAUCGACGACAAUCCCUGCGAGCCAUCCAGAAAGGAAAAGUGGCUGGUUUAAGUAGCCUGUUCAGGGGUACUAGCCUGAAUAAUGAUCAGGAGACAAAGCUGAACAACAACAGCCCAAGCCCGCUAAUGACUGUCACUGCACCAUUCAGUAAAGUUUGGGAACGUCCUUCUAGACCCUUUUCCCGAGAAAUCAUCAUUCGUUGGUUCAAGGAAGAACAGCUUCCACGACGUGCUGGGUUUGAAAGAAACACCAACAACAUUGCACCCUGGUUUCAUGGUAUUAUUAGCCGCCAGGAGGCUGAAGAGUUGCUAAUGAACAAGUCUGAAGGAGCAUUCCUGGUACGAGUCAGUGAGAAAAUCUGGGGCUACGCCUUGUCUUAUCGCCAACAGAGUGGAUUCAAGCACUUUCUGGUGGAUGCUUCAGGGGAUUUCUACAGCUUCCUGGGGGUAGAUCCCAAUCGGCAUGCAACACUCACAGAUCUUAUUGAUUUUCACAAGGAAGAAAUCAUCACAUCAUCAGGUGGGGAACUACUACUGGAACCAUGUGGACAGAGGAGGAACCCACCAGACUAUAGUCCCUUAUUUGAAUGACUGCCUUCAGGACUUCAGUGAAUACCUUAUGCAUAGUUAAAAGAGUAAGACACAAGCCGAUAAAUAGUAUGCUAAUGAUCAAAUUUUCAGUCACACAAACUGCCACCAUUAAACAGUCUGAGAAAUUACUAUUUAACCUGAUUUGUAGAAAUAAUUUAUAUCACUAAUUAUUUUAAUUAUGGAUGAAUAUUGGUGGACUACAGUAUCCCUAGAUAUGUUUUAAGAAUGGUGAUCAACUAGCAUUGACAGUUAAGGUUACAUUUUGAUUGUUCACUUCUAUCCAGGUUUUAAAAUACAGUGUGACAAACAAGGACAACUAUUGUAUAUAUUCAUAAAGCAUUAUAUGAAAGAGUGUAGAAUAGUCCUGCUUACGCACCCCCACCCCUUUAAAGACAGGUUUGCCAGUUUCCAGCGACAGUGUUACCAGUCAAUCUUCUGUGGAGGACAAGAAGACAAAAGAGACAAAAAGACUUUAGAAACCUUCUGUAAUUUGCUAUCUUUUAUUAUUUAGGUUAAGCUGAAAAUAUGCCAUAUUUCUUUGGAAUUCAUCCUAAUAAAGUGAAGAUCAUUCCUGUGCAGUCUAAACAAGGUCAUUUGUAUCACUGAAUACUUUGUGGUAGGUCUGCACAAAUGGCCUGACCCUUCAGAGAAUCAUAAACUCAUAGAAAAGUAUGACUAGAAGGGACCUCUUGAAGUUAUUUAGUUUAACCCCCUGCCUGAAACAGGAUCCUUCCUAUCCAAACCAUCCCAAGAAAUCAUUGUCUAACCCAGUAGUAAAACUAUACAAUGGCAAAGCAUAGGACUGUAAUCUGCCACAGGUAAAGCAGGGUGACAAUAGUGGCCAAUGUUCUGAUGCUUCAGGGUUUGUUAAAGUACUCGUGACAGUUAGCAUGCCCAAGAUUGGGGACUGAAAAGCAACACUGGGUAUGUCCUGGGAGCUAGAGCCAAACAUCAGCCACAUUUUAUUUUUUCAGCAUUUGGCAUGUGCAGAGCAGGAGUGAGUAGGUGAAAAGUAAUUUCAUGGUGGCGAUGGGUGUUCUGUAGCAGUGUCUAAGGCACUAUGGACAUGCCAUGUGUGGUCCAAGCAACUGGAAAGAAUUAUAUCCAUACUAAAGGAAGGGGAAAUGUUUGUGUGCUAGCUGAUCAUUUUUUAAAAUAGGCUCAAAGGGUAUGUGCAUACAUUACAUUUAGAUUGACCUAACUAGGGUUAGGUUGAUCUAAGUGUGAUCUUUUUAGAUGUUCAGGGAAGUUAAAUUAGGCAAAAAAUGUCUGGCCUGAUCUAACUUAGUUCAUCUGAGGAGGUGCACUAAGUUAGACCGGGAACAAUUUAGCCCAAACUAGUGAACAUUGCACAUGUUUGGAGCACAGCCUUUGGGCUGGGAAAGCCCAGCUGCUUUCUCCAGCCCUAAGCUUGUGCUCCUUAAUUCCCUCCACCUUCAGCUAUAUUUAGUUCCCCAAGUUGACCUUCCCACAGACAAUCUUCACCCCCCCACCCACAACAGACCCACCAUUCUCCCUGUGGACCCUCUAGCCCCUGGGCCUUCCCCAAUUUAUUUACAUCAGAUUCCUGGUAUGGCUCCCAGACGGGUGAACAUGUGCACAAGUGGGACCUGAUCUAUGAUGAACAUCUGUAUGUACCCACAAGGGAGUACAUACUCUGGUGAGUACACUGUUUUUCUCUGUAUGUAUAUUUUGAGAUUUAAGGCAAUGAGUUAAUGAAGCAUGGCAUGCAAAUUUGGCUAAAAUAUGAACUCAGCCAUUUUAUCAUCCAAAAUGCAAACCAGUCCAACAUGUUUCCUGCUUUCAAUGAUGACCAAACCACUGCAUGAGUUUCCAAGUUUUACUUUGCUGUAGUUCAAUUUGCUUUCUUGUCUGUCCUGCAAGGUGGGGAGAAGGUGUUAGACUGAUUCAUGGUUCAUGUUCUUUUAUAUAUAAGGUAAACACAUACAGUUCAAAAUCUUGUAUAAUAUACCUUAAAGCUUUGUCAUGCAUCUUUAUAUUAGAAAACAGAAAACAUUAAAAUAAACAUUUAUAAAAAUGAGUAACAGAGUAGGUGCUUAGGGUAUGCCUAUGUUGUAAAUGGGAAGGUAGUGUAGAAAUAAACAACCUAGCUCUGCCUGAGCUAGCUCAGGCACAAGAACCAAUUUAACUGUAGAAGCACAAGCUCAUCAGACAUUAAUUUACCCCACAGCAGCCAGGGUUCUAUCUUCCCCAUCUUCCCUGCUGAUAGAUCUGUAGACAUCCAAUUUGUCACAUAGAAUCAUAUAAAAAUGGGGCUGAAAGGGACCUCCAGGAUGAUAUUUAUUCCUACCCCUGGCUUAAGGACGGAAGUUCCAUGUUUAAACCAUGCCAAUCAAGUAUUUAUCCAACCUGCUCUUAAGAACUUCCAAGGAAGAAGAUUCCAUAAAUUUUCUAGGAGAUUUAUUUGACUGUUUAACCACUGUUACAAAUCAGAAAUUCUUUUGAAUAUCUACCCUAAAUUUUCCUUGUUGCAAUUCAAGACCAUUAGGUUUUGUUCUGCCCCCUACCCCCCAUCCCAAGAGAGUAUGGUUAAUCACCAUCCUCUUUAUAAAUACCCAUCAAGUAUUUGAAGACUUUUAUCAAAGCCACACCUCUGCACCCCCACGCCCACCCGAACCUUCUCUUCUAUAGACUGAAUACUCCAAGUUCUUCCUACCUUUUCUCAUAAGCCAUGUUUCCUAAAAUUCUAAAUAAUUUUUGUUGCUCUCCACUGGAAUCCUAUUUUUUUACAUCUUUCUGUAAUGGAAAUUUCCAAAAUAGGAACUAGCAUUCCAGGUGAGACCUCAUUAAUGCUGAAGAGUGGAAGAAUCACUUCCUGUAAUUUGCAACCAAUAGUCCUGUUAAUACAACCCAAUAUAAUAUUGGAUGUUUUCCAACAAAAGCUUUUAUUCAGUGGUCCACUAUAACCCACAGAUCCUUUUCUGCAGUACUGCAACCUAGCUAGUCUUUUUCCACCCAUGAUCAUAGGAGGGACACAUUUGAAAUAGCUAUGUACUCUUGGGCUAGAAUCAUGGUGAAACUUUUAAGUGGUCAGUUUCUCCAUCUUUCUUAGAUAUGCAAAAUGCAUUUUGGAAAACGAGGGACUUUGUCCGUAGGUUCAGCUCCUGCCUCAUCUCAUCUGCCUGUCCCUUAAAAUUCUCCCAGGAAUUGCUAUACUCCACACUUAACUGUGCCCUAGAACCGGUAUCUUGUGCAUUGUAUUUGUCUGAAUUAGACUGUAAACUGUUCAGGGUAAGGGACCCUGUGUUGUACAUAUUUGUAAAGCACCAUAUUCACCAGAACGG